UCCCAGGGUUUCUUGGAUAAAAAAAUAAUUGAAGAAUUAUGCGAAUUACAUAAAAAAGAAAUGUCCAAAGGAAGUUAUGAUUCUGAAUUUAUUAAUUCAAUAGAAGAAUAUUUGGAAAGAAAUCAAUUAAAAUCAAAGGAUUUAAUUAAUUUGU